AUGUCGAAUCACGAUGUAGACACAAGUCGAGUCAUCGACGAAGUACGCCUGAGAAGGCAUUUGUGGGAUGCAUCUGAUGCACUGUAUAGAAAUAAGGAUGCAAGAAAUAAAUCCUGGGAGGAUAUUGUCACCACAUUAUACGAAAAUGUUAUGGAGGAAGAAAAACAACAACUUGCAAAACUGAUUCAACAAAGAUGGAAAACAGCCAGAGAUGCAUAUUUUAGAACAAAAAACGCUAUGAAAAAAACACCUUCUGGAAGUGCUGCACCAAAGUACAAAAAGUAUAUCUAUUUUGAUGAACUAAGCUUUCUGACUCAGUCAGAUCUGAAUGAAGUUGUUGAAUCUCUGAAAGAAAACAGACCAGCAAAUAUGGAUAAUAUGGCAUUACCGGGGAAUACGGUACCUUCUGAAAAUACACAAGAUUCUGAUAUGCCAACGCAUCAAGCUUCUUCAAAUACUCUACAGAAAGACCAGAACGACCAUGCUGUUGGUUCCGGAACAUCACAACGACCUUGGAGUCAAAAAAGAAAAAAUAAGCCACAACAAAAAAACCAAGAAAAUUCACCGUUUGAAAGGGAUUUGUUAACAUUACUGAAAAAUCAAACACCAGAUAUUGCCGCUGACGAUCUGGCUUUUUUUUCUUCUUUGGGUCCAAUUUUGAACUCUUUCGAUAUUGAACAAAAACUGGAGUUUCGGUCGAGAGUUUUGCGCGAUGCCAUGGAAAUCAAAAAUUACAAUUACCGAUCAAACAGCUCGUUAUCAUCCCACUCGCAUGAUAUAAGAUCUCCGCCGCAAAAUGAUCCGUAUGGGUCCUCAACAUAUAAUAAUACGACUCCAGGUUACCCAGGAUAUGAAACCAAUGUUGCUACUCCAGGUUACUUUGGGUAUCAAACAGCCAGCAAUAAUGACUAA